GCCCCAUUCAACUUGCUUCUUUAAUCAGCCCCCCUCCUUGACUCGACCUUACGCUCAAACUCAAACAGUUGAUCACUGGACACCGAGCACAGCGCACGUCAAAAUGGCCACGGACAAUCUUACCGCAGUUCUCAAUAAACCUAAGGAUUUACAGCUGGUGCAAACGCCGAUACCAGAAAUUGCUGACGAUGAGGUGCUACUCCGCAUGGACUGUGUCGGCAUCUGUGGGUCUGAUGUGCACUACUGGCAGAGCGGCGCUUGUGGACACUUCGUACUCAAAGAGCCCAUGAUCAUGGGACACGAGGCUUCGGGAGUCGUCGCUAAGCUCGGUGCCAAAGUGAAGAACCUGAAGGUGGGAGACCGCGUGGCGAUCGAGCCCGGCGUGCCGUGCCGCUACUGUGAGUUCUGCAAGACCGGCCGCUACCAUCUGUGUCCUGAUAUGCUGUUCUGUGCCACUCCGCCCGUCCACGGCAACCUUGUUAGAUAUUACAAACAUGCUGCUGACUUCUGUUACAAACUCCCAGACCACGUGACCAUGGAAGAGGGUGCCCUACUCGAGCCGCUAUCAGUGGGCAUCCACGCGUGCCGCCGCGCCAACCUCACGGGCGGACACAUCGUGCUGGUGCUAGGUGCCGGACCUAUUGGUUUGCUCACCAUGCUGUCGGCUAAGGCUAUGGGUGCCAGCAAAGUACUGAUAACAGACAUAUUCCAGUCGCGGUUAGACUUCGCGAAGCAGCUGGGAGCAGACCACACACUCCUGGUGACGCGCGACUCCAACGAGCCGGAACUCGUCAAGAAGAUACAGGAACUGCUGGGAGAACACCCUGAUGUGUCGUUCGACGCUAGUGGUGCUCAGGCUUCUGUCAGAAUGGCCUUAUUGGCGACGAAGUCAGGCGGCGUGGCAGUGCUAGUCGGCAUGGGUGCGCCGGAGCAGACGGUGCCGCUCGCCGGCACGCUCGCCAGGGAGGUCGACAUCCGCGGCGUCUUCCGAUAUGUUAACGAAUAUCCCAUCGCGCUAAACAUGGUAGCGAGCGGCAAGAUCAACGUGAAGCCGCUGGUGACGCACCACUUCAGCAUGGAGCAGACGCUCGAGGCCUACGAGGUGGCGCGGCAGGGCGCCGGCAUCAAGGUCAUGAUACACGUGCAGCCCAGAGACGCUAACAACCCCAAGAAGUUCUAGACACAAGUUUAUCGAUUAAUUAGCUUCUCGAUUUGAACUCUUUAUCGAUUAUUACUUUUAUGGGUGUUAACUUUAUGAUAAAAUGAAUUGAAAAUUGAGGUCCUGACGGAUAGUAGAGUACGUAAUGAAAUGUUGGAAUGUAAUUUAACAAAAUGUUUUUUCGGUAAGAGUUCGAAUCGAUAGGCUGCAAUAUGAAAUGUACAGACUUUUGAAAUUGGAAAACAAAUUGUAUUUUGCCACCAUUUUUUUUUACUGCCAGCUACUUUACGUGGUGUUUCCGUGCUGUUUUACGUUAAUGUAAAAAUAGCUAUGUAUCUUAGCACUGUCCUAAAGUUUUCCUGUACCUCUUUGAAUGGUAAAAAGCCGAAUUAUUGGAUGUAGAUAUUUUGUAUUUGUUGUUAUACUUAUUAUUAAUCAUGAAACUGUUAUUUAUAAGUAAAUAUUAAAAAUGUUGAUUUAAGGCUGUUUUAUAAAAAAAAGCUUUUAAAUGAAAAGCAGAUAUUGAGACGAACAGAAAAAAGUACCUCGUCUAAUAAAUAAGGAAGUACAAAUGAAAGGAAUUAAAAUAUUUUUAUAAUAAAGCUAUAUAGUUUUUUAUAAA